AUGCCGGACGGCAAGGAAGGCCUUUCCAUAUUCAGAAAUAUGGAUCCCACUGAUAAACAUUCUUCGCCCUUGCCCUGGAGAGAGCAGGAGCACUUACAGGAUGAAAAACAAGACUACAACACAUAUAAAGAAACAGUGAACAGCCUGUUUCAGACAUUCCCAACCAUCCUGGAGCCUGUAAAACUCAGCAGAGACAGCUGUAAGACCUGUGCUGUGGUGGGAAAUUCUGGUAACUUGAAGGGAUCACGUCAUGGACCUCAGAUAGAUUUCCAUGAUUACAUCAUCAGAAUUAACAGGGGUCGCACCAAAGGCUUCGAAGAAGAUGUUGGCACCAAAACAACUCAUCAGGUCAUGUAUCCAGAGAGUGCCGUGGAUUUAGACAACUCCACUCACCUUGUGUUGACCCCAUUCAAGAUACUGGAUCUAGAGUGGCUCAGGAUGAGCAUGACAACUGGAUUUCAUGGAAUGUCCGUAAAAUCAAAAAUAGCAGCCAACAAGGAUUUGGUGAUGGUGAUCAACCCGGCUUUCAUAAGAUACGCUCAUGACACGUGGCUGGGACAGAAGGGCCGGUAUCCAUCCACUGGCUUUAUAACUUUGGCUCUUGCGCUGAACAUUUGCAAUGAGGUUCAUGUGUUUGGUUUCGGAGCAGACAAGGAUGGAAACUGGAAUCAUUACUUUGAGGAACUCCGGGACAAAAAGUUCAGAACUGGAAACCAUCCAGGACAACGGGAGUAUGAUGUUAUCCAGCAUUUAGAUGAGCAAAAACAAAUCUCCUUUUAUAGAGGGUGGUGAAUUCCUGACAUGCUGAAUGACAUGCUGCUUUCUUUGGGAGAACACUACCAGAGUGGAAGGAAGAAAUAAAAGCUAAAUUAAAAGUGUACCAGGUGGAAGUUUGUAUGAAAUGAAGCAAUUAUGCACGGUUUCAGGGUAUUCACUGUUUGUUUGUAUUUAUUUUUGAACCAGGGAUGCACUUUUAUAUUAUUGAAGGGAAUUUACUAAUAUGUUGGAGAAAGUUUUGUUGAGAUACUGUGUAUAUGUGCUUGUCAAAGCUACUGUGAUUAACUCAUGUGACAUGGUCACCCUUACAGUCUUCUCUCUACCCAAAUCUAAACAUCACAUCCACAUACAUCAAGACCAUAUGAAGAAAACACACAUUGAAAUACAACUUAAUCCACUCAGACCUCAAACGC